UGAUCACUCGCCCAAGGAGUCCUAGCAUCUGUAAAAUAACCAUAAAACUGCAAAUCAGAGGCCAGGGCCCAAGGGGGCUGUAGAGCCAGCGACCGAUUUGUUCCACGCCCUUACCUGUAGUCCUGUAAGAUGAACUGUUGAAGACGUCGGUAAACGAAACACAGGUCUAAAUAAAUAAACAAAUCGUUUGGCUUGUGCAGUUAAAAUGACAUAUUUAAAUAACCCUAGAUUCUUGAUAAAGUUACGAAAGAUAGAGAAGAAGUAACAGAUAAUAACGGAAGAGGACGGAUAGAAAGAAAGGAAGAGAAAGUCAGCGAAGAAAGUGGUCACGGCGGAGUGGCGGGGCAGUGUUGACGUUUCGACAGACGGCAGCCACGGGAGAGUGAAAGUGAGACGGUACCAAACACAGUCAGUGGCGUCAGUGGUGGCCCAGUGUCCAGUGCAGACGCUCAUACAGUGUGAUGUGUAGUGGCAUUGUGUAGCAUAUGGAUGUCAGUUUCAUAUACGCAGCUUUCAGUGGGGUUUGGAUUAUGCUGGCUGAAAUUCUGUUGGAGGAUGAAAAUGAUGCUGAAGGUAAGAAAGGGGAGGAGAAACAAGAUCAUGACUGUGGCCAUCAGGGGAAGAGUGGCGCCUGUCCACUGUUGCUCACCUACAAUGAUGCUCCCACUCACCUCAAGUUCAAUCCUUACAUCCGUAAUGGAUACAGGGGUUACCUUACCACGAAGAUGUGUCUGGAGAGUGUAUUCUGGUGGACAAAUGAAACAGUCAACAUAUGGAGUCACAUCUUUGGCUGGAUGCUGUUCAUGGGGUUGACACUGUAUGAUCUUAUUCUUCUCAACAUCCAUGCAUCACUUGCAGACAAAUUCAUUGUUGGUCUGCUCUUGGUAUGCUUCCAGGUGUGCAUGGUUUCGUCCUCCAUGUAUCACACAUUUUCUUGCCGCUCUGAGAGGGCAUUCAUGUGCUUCCUAUCAUUUGACCUGUUUGGUAUUGCACUGAGUCUAUUAGCAAUAUACAUGUCUGGAAUAUACUAUGCAUUCUGGUGUGAGAAAGAAUGGCAGAUGUUCUAUCUGGUUACAAUUUGCCUCAUCUUUGCAUUUGCAAUGGUGCUACAAAUUCCAAAGCUAAAAAUUGAUGCCAACACGAAGCUUAUUGUAUUCCUGUCUUGGGCCCUUUAUGGUGUUGUUCCUACAUUCCAUUGGACAGCCAUCAUGGGAGGCUUGGAAAAUACUGUAGUGCAGAUCCUCUUACCACGAGUUUUGGGGAUGUACGCCAUUAGUGGACUGGCAUUCCUGAUCUACAUAUCUAAAUUUCCAGAGAGGUUUUGGUCAGGUCGGGUUGACUAUAUCGGAUCCUCACACCAGUUGUGGCAUCUUUUUGUAGUAUUGGCACUGUACUACUGGCAUAACACAGGUAUCAAAUAUGUAGAGUUCAGAAUGAAUCAUGGCUGUGCUACUGACAUGAAACUAUGACAGUGCAGACUGGAUAGGUUUUUAUGUAAUUCCAUCUCAUAUUGAAUCAUUCUUUCAAUUUUCAUGGAAGAACAGGAGAAGAGAUCAAAUUCUUGUUACCCAGAUGAUGAGUUAUAGCUGAAUCACAGAUGAAUUUCAUAUCAGCUGUCAUAAGGUUUCCAUUAUUUAUUUUAUUCUUAACAUCAUAAUUUUAUGAUUGAAGAACUUCAUGAGGCCUUGUUGCUGACACAUAAGAAAAACAUUUGUUAUGCCUUCUGGGAUGUAUUUCCAUGCAGUUCAGGAACAGUCCAGUGUUUCAGAGGAAUAUGUCUCCUCUGUCUUCAGAGUUGAAGACUGACCUUGAAGAUUGAGGUGAUAUGUUUCACAGAAAUUUCAGACUUUUUCUAAGCCGCACAGCAUUAGAACACAAAGAAUAUCCUCUUCACAGUUGCUGCUGCAAGAACCUCAAAUCCAACAUUGUAAUGCCAAUUACGUCUUCAGCAACAUUACGGACCAUUAUUAUGUAAGCAUAUACAUAAUUUUAACUACAGCUCACUUAAAAUUUUACGUUUUUGGUAGUUUUGUGGACAAUAUCAACAAUGUGCUUAUUGGUUAUGUUUAAAUAUAUUUAUCAUGUAUCAGUGAAUUGGUACUGGUUGAUGUUACCAUGAUGAUGAAUGAUGCAAGUAUUCAUCAGGUACAGCAGUUUGGAGGUCUAGAUGGUGUUUAAUGUGUUCAUUACCUGGUGUGCUGAAAGAAUGCAACUGUAUGAUGAAGAACUGAAACAAACUUCUGGGGUGCAACACAGCAGGAACCUUAAGAAAGAGUUUGAUUACACCCAAGGUAUACUCAACAACUGGAACAGUUAAAUUUCCUGCUUUUGUCUUAAUAGCCCAAAACAGAAUGCAGACAAAUGGUUGUGAUGAUGAAUCUUCAGGUUCCUUAAUACCUGGAAUUCCAUUACUAAAGUAACACAUUAAACAUUUGACACUCAAAAGACAUUGUCAUUCGUGCCCUGUAUCAUAGUUUGCUUACAAAGAAACAUGUACAACAAUGUAAUAAAAAUAUAUCUUAUUCUUGUGAACAAUAUAUGGAAGAGUCUGGAAAAAAAUAGUGCUGGAAGGAGUUCUGUGCCCUUUAGCUUUACAGAAUUAAUUAUCAAUCAAGAUUUUUGAAUAAUUUUAAACAAGCCAGUGAAUAUGGAAAAAUACAGCGUGUAACAGUCUGUAACAGCCAUUAUAUUUUUAACCAAAGAUGAAUAAAUAAUUAACAUCCUAACUUGAACUGGCAUGCUGAAUUAGAAGACUGGACAACAGUGGUUUCAAAGAGUACUUAUUUUUUAAUUGUGAUGCCUUAUAGUCUAGAAGAAGUUUACCACUGCUUGUCCAAAAUGUUGGUGAAUUCUUCCAAACUAAACAGCAUCACAUCCUAGAAGAUGGUACUCUUCAUAGUUACUGCUGUAGGAACCUUAAAUCCAACACCAGAUCUCAUGCAUCAGUAUCACUGAGAGAAAUAUUACAUUUAAUCUUUAAUAAUCAUGUUCCUGUGUUAGGAUGCAGUGAUAAAAUUUAAAAUUUAAUAAUUACCUUGUAAGUAAUAAAAAUACAAUCAAAGAGCUUUAUUACAAUAUAACAGUAUGGUUUUUGAAAAUCAUAAUUGUAAAAAGUAGGAUAAAAAGUUUAAAAGAAGAUAAAUGUUGAUUUUAAUUAUUUCAUAUGAACAUUUAAAUUGUCAUAAGAGAACUGGCAAUAAAUUCUUUAGAAAUAUUAGAAAAAGGUUCUUCUCUUUGUACAUGCAUAAAUCGUGACUUUCUAAUGACAUUUAUUUCAGUGGCUUUCUUAUCGUAUGCUUAUAUCCAGUGUUCAAUUUGUGGCAAAAUUCAAAAUAGCAAAAAAAUAAAUUCCUGAGUGAAAUCUCUUUUCUUCUCUGCAGACAGAAUGAGAGUUACUGAGUUGUUUUAGGAAAUUAUUUCCUAAUAAGUAAUCUAAGAAGUGCCAUUGGACAGCUACCCUUGUAGAUGCUGGUAUAGCAUCAUAUGUGUUGAUUUUGUUUCAAGAUACUACAAGUCUAUCAUGAUGGAAUUGUAUUAUGAGAAACUGAACUUAACUUUACCCUUAUAUGAAGCAGAUGCCUGAAACAAUAAAGUGGCUUGGAAUGUCCUUGAAGAUUGUACAGCACAAAGGAAGUGCGUGUUGCUGAGUUUACACAAAAUGAAUUUAAAUUUCAGACGUCUGUAACUACAGACUUUGACAGAACAAGUUUCAUAUAAAUGUGACAUAACAUUCCUCUUUGAUGGUCGAGAACAGAAAAUUUUCGGAGGCUGUGUUGCCGAAACAGAGGAGCGUGCUAAUACCCUUGAGGUGGCUUGGUGGCUUACAAGUCUCUAAUCAUGAAAAGAAAUGAGAUUAUACAGAACAGAUGUCUCAGGUCUGAGGUACGAAUAACUUCAGAUCAAAAUUGGGCUGAAGUUUUUUUAAUUUUAUCAGAUAGCAAAUUAAAAUUAUAUGAAAUGUUAUAAAUAUUUGCCACUCACCUGCCAACCCUCAAACGGAAUAUUAGUGUGAGAAAUGUCUAUCAGAGAUUGAAGGUGUAGAACAAAUUGUUUAGAUGUUAUUGUGUCAGACAUUCUUGGCUUAAGUGUUGUGUGUAUGUGAAGCUGAUUUUUUACAAGGGAUCAAACCUGCAGCAAAUUUCUCUCAUCUAUGUAGCCUUUGUCACGGCUCAGUUAGUUUUACUUUCCCAGAUUAAAUGAGCAUGAGAGUGUUCAAACAAAGUUUUCCUGACCUGUUCUUGAUGUGAGCACUGCACCAGAAUUAAAAUGAUUUUUGUCUCAUGCUGAUUGCUAAUGAUUUUUCACCAUGUUUCUGACUGUCAUACUGGGUUAGUAUGCUGGUUUUCAUUUCUGGCAACAAGAGAGAGAUUAAACAAAAUUAUAAGUGUUUAAAUUAGAUCUUCAGAUUGCAUUUAAAUGUAAAUUUCACUUGCUUCUUUGAUGUGGCUCUCCUUACCUACCUAAUUUUUGCUUGGGAAACAUCAUCAUUUACUUCAAAGUGUGUUUUUAUGUGUCUGCUGCAUUACAGACACUGUUCUUCCAUCGUCUUCUUGGUUGUUCAACAUUUCUUCAUCUGUUUGGUUGGAAAUUCUUAAUUUUUGGGGACAGUCUUGAAGGGUC